GCGCUCGGCAGCAGAGAGAGAAAGAGGGAGACGCGGAGGAGAGCAGCAGCCCCACCGAUCCUCAAGCGAGAGAGAGAGGCAGCGUCUGGAGCAAGAGCUGGGCGGGGAAAUAACUGCGGUACUAAAGAAAUACUUCAUUGCCGAACUGCAGCAAUUUGUCGGCAUCGCAACUUCGUCCGUGUAAAGCAAAAUGUCAUCGUCGGGAAAAGACAACAGCUCCCAGCAUGCGAAUUACGUGGGACCGUAUCGCCUGGAAAAGACGCUUGGCAAAGGACAGACAGGCCUCGUGAAGCUGGGAAUCCACUGUGUCACAUGUCAGAAAGUUGCCAUAAAAAUUGUAAACCGGGAGAAACUCAGCGAGUCUGUGUUGAUGAAGGUGGAAAGAGAAAUAGCUAUUCUGAAGCUCAUAGAACACCCUCAUGUUUUGAAGUUGCACGAUGUCUAUGAAAAUAAGAAAUAUUUAUAUUUGGUUCUAGAGCACGUGUCAGGUGGAGAGCUCUUUGACUACCUGGUAAAGAAGGGCAGGUUAACACCCAAAGAGGCCAGGAAGUUCUUCAGACAGAUCAUCUCAGCGCUGGACUUCUGCCACAGUCACUCUAUAUGCCACAGAGACCUGAAGCCAGAGAACCUGCUGCUGGAUGAGAAAAAUAACAUCAGGAUAGCAGACUUUGGCAUGGCUUCUCUACAGGUUGGAGACAGUCUCUUAGAAACCAGCUGUGGAUCUCCUCACUAUGCCUGCCCAGAGGUUAUAAGGGGGGAGAAAUAUGAUGGCAGGAAAGCUGAUGUAUGGAGCUGUGGAGUCAUUCUCUUUGCACUUUUGGUGGGUGCUUUACCAUUCGACGAUGAUAACCUGAGGAACUUGCUGGAGAAAGUGAAGCUCGGGGUCUUUCACAUGCCCCAUUUCAUUCCUCCAGAUUGCCAGAACCUACUGAGGGGGAUGAUCGAGGUGGACGCCACCAAACGACUCACGUUAGAACAGAUACAGAAGCACACAUGGUACAUAGGAGGGAAGAACGAGCCAGAACCAGAACAACCGGUGCCACGGAAAGUGGCGAUCCGCACGCUACCCUCCACUGAGGACAUCGACCCAGAUGUGCUGGAAAGCAUGCACUCGCUGGGCUGCUUCCGAGACAAGAACAAACUGAUGAAAGAUCUGCUGUCAGACGAUGAUAACCAGGAAAAGAUGAUCUACUUUCUCCUGCUGGAUCGUAAGGAGAGAUAUCCCAGCCAUGAGGAUCAGAAUCUACCACCCAGAAAUGAGAUCGAUCCUCCUAGGAAGCGAGUGGACUCUCCACUCUUGACGAGGCACAACAAGAGGAGGCCAGAGCGCAAGUCUAUGGAGGUGCUGAGCGUGACAGAGGGCGGAUCUCCUGUUCCUGUGAGACGUGCCAUCGACAUGGCACAACACGGGCAGAGUAAAUCUGUUUUCAGUAAAAGCUUGGAUAUCUCAGAUGCCAACCCCAUACUGCAAAGCAAGGAGGAGAGGUCCCGGUCCAUCAGCGGAGCCUCUUCUGGUCUGUCCACUAGUCCCCUCAGCAGUCCUCGGCCCAUGCGGCGGUUCGCCGUUCCUCCACAAUCCGCAGAACUCACGCAGUCGCCCAACCACAGCCCCACCCACGCGCCUGUGUCCCGGCUGAACGGCACAGGCCCCCACUCCCCCAAAACCUUUCAACCAAAGACAGUUGCCCAUCAACCCAACAACAAAACUCAGACCCUUCCAGCCAAGCCCAAAGUUGCAGACAAGCCCCUGCAGGCCACCAGGUCCAACCCGCUUCCUAACACGACGGCCGUGCCAUCUGCGGCCAAGUCGGAACCGUCCACGCCCUGCCAACCCCUGCCCCCGCCGAUGCCCGGCAGCCCGAAAGUGCGCCGGCCACCGCUCACGGUGCCGCCCAAGCUCUCUGUUCCCCUUUCCCCCCUUUCGCCCAUCCGGCUUCACCACCUUCACCCGCUGGCCGGGACUGACCACAACGGCAAAUCUAUCCCCACCAUACAGGUUACGCCCCACCCCUCCCCCAGGGGCAGCCCGUUACCAACUCCGAAAGGAACGCCGGUGCACACGCCUAAGGAGAGCCCAGCGGGGACCCCUAGCCCCACGCCACCACCCAGCCCCUCCAUUGGAGGCAUGCCGUGGAGAACACGCCUCAACUCCAUUAAGAACAGCUUCCUUGGCUCACCACGCUUCCACCGCAGGAAACUACAAGUUCCCACACAAGAGGAAAUGUCCAGCCUAACACCAGAGUCUUCCCCCGAACUUGCCAAAAAAUCGUGGUUUGGAAAUUUUAUUAACCUCGAAAAGGAGGAGCAGAUCUUUGUGGUGAUUCGGGACAAGCCUCUGAGCUCCAUCAAAGCCGAUAUUGUGCACGCCUUUCUUUCUAUUCCCAGCCUCAGCCACAGUGUGGUGUCUCAGACGAGUUUCCGGGCAGAAUACAAGUCCACAGCCGGCCCCACAGUGUUCCAAAAACCAGUGAAGUUCCAGGUGGACAUCACCUACACCGAAAGCACGGCUGCCACCAAGGAGAACGGCAUCUACUCUGUCACUUUCACACUGCUCUCAGGUCCCAGCCGACGCUUCAAACGGGUGGUGGAGACGAUUCAGGCUCAGUUGUUAAGUACACAUGACCAGCCUGGUGUCCAGCAGCUGUCUGGAAUUAUCCAGAAAACGUGUUAAAGCCCCAAGUCCUGCUCUUGCACAAGAUUCAUGUAUGGCACAUUGAUGGAGGGCACAUUACACAGGAAGUUCAGUACAAGCAGCUGAGGGAAACUCCUCAUUCUGAUGCAUCUAAACACCCCAAACACCAACAAGAGCUCCAAGCUAUUCCUCAACUCCUUCCUCCUGCAGCUACUGUACAUACAGCCACACACGUCCAAGGAUUUGGAGUGAAGCCUUAAAACAAAGAUGUUUAUGAAAAUUCUCACUAAGCUAACCCACAGUUCAUCUUUUCAUUUUUGUUUUAAAUCCUUGCUCGUCUUCUCUCCUCCCCGUUCUCUGCUGACGCACACACAAACACACCGACGUACAUACAGGACAUCGUUACAAAAAGGACAAACGGCGACCGGAACUCUGGAUAUCAUGACGCGCGCGUUUGAGGAGUUGCCCUCGAGGACCGUUGUUGGAUUGUAUUCUUUUCAAUGUAGUCUUUCUUUGUGAAAUGAAGAAUUUAAAACAUUUUAUGGACUCAGUGUCACUGCUGUACAAGAUUUGGAGAUCCUAUUUGAAGAAUGGUGGGGAUGAACUUUCGGGGUGGGCCGUGGGACUGGGAUACGGGGGUGGGAGGUGGGGGGUGUCACAGUAAAUGAUCUAUUCUGUUGUACAGACUGAAAAUAUUCCUUAUGUAACAAAUGUCUAUCAGUGACAUUGCUUAGAUGAAUUGUGUUGCCACAUCCUGUUUUUUCUCAUGUAGCGUUCAUGAAAUGUUAGUUUUGAAUGACAAUUAUGCUUAAUGUAUUCGAGGGUUACUCAUGAUGUCAAUUUUCGAUUUGUAUUUAUUUCGUGUUUCAUUUUUAUUGAGAAACAUCUGCAGGAUUCAGAGACCUUUUACCCUUUUUUUUGUUUGUUUUUGUAACUUAUUUAUGCGUUUUUGUCUUUUCUUAAUUUAUUCAGCUGGGGAAUAUUUAUAUAUACAAAACCGGGUGGUGGAGAUUUUAUUGUUUGCAUCAGGGCGACUCAUCCGAUUGUUUGAAGGAUCUUGUGUUUUGUGUACGAUAACACUUAUCCGAUUUUGUGAAUGAAGAACUCUUUCUUUCCCGGCUUUGACCAGAUUAAAGAGCUUGUAGUAUAUGUUAAAUUAUUUACUGGUAAUUUAAGAAUGUAGACUAGCCUCUUUAGGGUGGGGGGUGAGGGAUAACGAAGUAUUGAUAUUUGUCACUCAUCUCAUUGUGUGUGUAAAACAGGUGGACGAGCUCAAAUCACAUGUUGUAAAUAGACAACUUUGGGCAAACGACUUUCUUAAAAACCAUCAAGGGGAUCCUGCCGCUCCUGACUCUAUCUCUCGUAUUGCAUGUCCGACAUUCGGCUUUAAUUUGCAUGAUGUUGUGGAUGUUAGAUUUCUCCUCCCCUCCGCCUUUUUCAUCUUCAUCGACUUGUUUCCUUCCGUUAUCAUGCCUUCAUUUUCAGUUGGUCGUUUUUCUCUCAUCUCCCUUAUCGUGAACGCUUUCUCGCCAUGUGCUCUGCUGCAUCAUGCUCUCGGGAUGGGGGUCUGGGAUGCCGUAACACUCGAUCACUUAUGGGAACAUACGGCGUGGAGAAUAAGCGGAGAUGUAAUCUAAGCAAUACACAUUGUUGUCCUUCCUAUUUUGUACUUUGGGAGAAAAAAAGGAGCAAAGCUGGAUUGUAAUGUAUCACGGAUUUGAUUAAUACUGAGCGGGAAAAAUAGAAUCGCCGCUAAUGUAUCCCCUUGUAACUACUGUGAACAACUUCAGUGCAACGGAAAUAAAUCCAUUGACUUUG